AUGUCUCUGCUACGACUGACCACUACCCGGCCAUUGGCCGCCCUGCGCGGCGCGCCUGUUCGUGCUUUGUCCACCACCGUCGCCAGGAACCAGCGCGAUCCAACAUCAGACCUGUUCAAGACAGUCAUGUCAACGUCGGACAUUGAGAGCCAGGACAGACCCAACUACUCCCGCUUCCAGCCCCGCCAACCACAGCAGCAAUCCCGCGAUCCGGCGUCUCCCACUCCCCGCUCCUCGCCUUCGCCCAGCCAGUACGCCCAUGAUAUGUUGCAGCAAAAUAUGCCGUCCACAGCAGCAGAAGUCGACUUCAUGCGCCUUCGCGGCGAGCUCGAAGGCCAGAUGCAGCGUCGCUGGCAGGCUGGCGACGUCUACUCGCCACACGACCUGACCGGCGUCGAGGCCAAGAAGUGGAGGCGCACGAAGCGGAUCCCCAGUCUCGAUGCUUUCGAGACCUUGGCCCUUAAUCCGCUGAAUGAAUACAAGAACUUCGCCAUCAUGUCUGAGUAUAUCACUGAGAUGGGCCGCAUCAAGCACUCCAAUGCUAGCGGUCUCAAGCCUAAGAAUCAUCGGAAGGUAGCCAAGGCGAUACGGAGAGCGAUUGGCAUUGGCAUCAUGCCCAGUAUUCACGUCCACCCAGAGUUGAUCAAGCCCUCGCACGGUGCCCCGCCCACGUAG